UUGCAGUCAGACCAGCAUUCCCAAGGAAUAUAAGUCCUAGGACUUGCAUUGCUAGAUAUGCUAGACCUAGGACUUAUUUUCCUAGGAGAUAAAGAAUCCUGGGAGACAACUAUUCCUACUGACUAGUAUUACGUUUACACCGGCGACGAACGGGUUCUUGGUCAUAUCUGAUGAAAUCCAGAAAUGGUCCAAGCAAUCAAAGUUGCAGGAUGGAAUCUAUAGCGGAGUUGUGUGCAGUUCGAAUCUAUCGAUUCUGUCGAACGGUCGUAACUAGUGGUCGGCUACUUUCAGUUUACUCCCUUACCGCGUUAUAUUAGUUUGUUGAUAACGUCGUCACAGAUUCCAUAUUGUGUUUCUGUACACAUGGAAACGAAGAGCAACUUUCCGUUUUGUGGAGCUCCGGAUUCUAAUAGCUUUAUGGAAAAGCGUGGCAAUGAAUACGGUGAUGCAAUAGAAAAGAAAAAAAAAAACGUUUUUCUGACAAUACAGAAGAAACACAACAGACAAUUUGUCACCAAAGUCUAAAUUUCACUAAGUGUCUCGUGGGAGCCCAUGCUUUGUGUGCUAGCGUUCGUCAAAACACAUGUGCAUUACGGCGAACUGUUCAUGCUACCUUUGAUUGGAUCUAAAACCGGUUGUCAGUUAGUGGGAUUCUCGUCGAGAACAGGGAAUCAUGGGAUGCGGUGGCAGUAAGUCGACUUCUUCAAAGGACGACGAUGCGCCGGAUAUAAACCCAAUUGAAGUACCGGAGUCCGAACCGCAUUAUCCUCGACCCAAACCACCCACAAGCAAGAAGAAAGAAAUCUUCAAGAAAGAAGAUUAUCAAGAAAUAGAUGACAAAGCCAAGUCGACAUCAAUGGACAAUGCUGCAACGUACAGUUCACUUAUCACUUCACUCACAUCUGACCUCAAGACGGAUAUACAGAAAGUGCGGACAAUCUUCGUCUGGCUGGGUAGUCAGCGCAUUUUCGACAUGACCUACCCAGGAGUGACCGAUGCAAACAUUCCAAGAGGCUAUAUGAAGCUAAUCAAAAAGAGAAAAGGGACGUAUACAGCUUUUUUCGCACUUCUAUGCAGGGCAGCGCGCAUCCCGUGUGUUAUCGUCAGAGGAAAAUGCAAGGAUGCUGACUACGAAGUUGGGGACACGAACCUUGAUGACCACAACUCCAGCUGGAAUGCCGUGUUUGUAGAUAACAACUGGAGAAUCGUCCAUCCUUACUGGGCAUUCGUUGGUGUCACCGAUCACGAAACAGGGCGAUGGACGCUCAUAGAGGACAAGGGCAAGGGUGUACGACAGAAACAGGAGAAGUCAGGUGGCGUCAGUGUUUAUGGAUUUGACGAAUUUUUCUUUCUGCCCGACCCCGAGGAAUUUGUCUAUAUAUGCAUGGCUUCUAAGAAGGAGUACCAGCUAUUACACAAUCCAUGGAGUGAGACCGAAUUUGUCACAGUGCCACAUUUCUCACACUCUUAUUUUUCGUCUGGUGUUAAGCUAACAAGUGAACACCGCGGAUUGUUGAAAGCGAAGGACGGCAGGACGGAGAUAAGUUUUAAGUUCUCGCAAAACACAGAUCCUCAACUUAUUUACAAGCUGUUUUUCGACGAAGCCCGUUCCGAAGAGCGCCUACCAAAAGACGUUCAACUGGACAUGUACGUUUUACAAAAUAACCAGGAUCAAGUAAAGACUUUCAUCAUUCGUUUCCCAGUGAAAGGGAUUUAUAAGGUAGGCAUCAACAACGGAAUGUGUAACUUCAGAGUAGACUGCGAAGCCAAGGGCAAAAAUGCAAACCCUUUCCCUAUCAAGCCAGCAAUUGGAUUUGGCUUUGGUCAAAAGGCUAAGUCAAUAGGUCUGACAAAUCCAUCUAAUAAAAGCGGCGUCGUGAUCCUAGACUACGGCAAUGUGAAAAAGUUCAUCUUCAAAUCGAAGGAAAAUCUCGAAUAUGAGGUUUUCUUGAAACAUUACCUGAAGACUGUGCAGAACCUUCACAAAUACGUAAAUCAAGAAGUGAACGGCGACGAAGUGACCGUCACAGUCACCAUGCCAGACGCCAGCGUGUCUAACAAUCCUGAAUAUGCUUUGGAGAUCAAUGCCAGGGAGAAGGGAUCCAAAAAUAAGUUUGACAACGUGUGCAACUACUUGAUCGCUGCCGACGAGAAGGAAUGGGGGAAGAGUACUGAUUCACCAUCGACAAGGCCUAAUGAGAGUAAGGAACAGCGGCAGAUACGUCGACGUCUGCAGAACGCCACCAACGGCAACGACAUCGAUGAGCUGGACCAGGCGAUCGUCCAGUUCCAGGAGGCUGGUCUGGAGGACCGGAACGACCUGACUCGAGCCAGGGAAAGACUCGUCCAGCUUAGGACCAAAAGAUCAGAAGAACUCAAAGGCCAGGAAAUGGCAGAUUCGAGAAAGCGAAUGGUUGACGCUGCUGCUGGUGACGAUGUAGAUGCCUUGGAAAAAGCAGUUCGUGAAUUCAUCAAAUCUGGAAUGAGCGACCAGGGAGAUCUGACGGCAGCAAAAGAGAGAUUAGUGGAGUUACAUAAAAAACGUUUGGAAGAAGCUGCUGAGAAACGUGACCUGCAAUUUUUGGACGAGUCCAUUUCCAGCGCUGAAAAGUCUGUGGUGGGCAUCCAGCUGGUGAACACAGAGGAGAUGAAAGAAGCGCGGAGAGUCCAGAAACAGCUGAAGCGUCUGAAAAGAUUCCUCCACAAAAUCCUCGCCCUCAAACCCCCGACAGUGUCCGAGAUACACAGUUACAAGCGUCCCAGACCCCUCAUCCAUGACGUCAUGAAAGCGACGUACCUCUUGCUGGGGGAAAGAGAGAGAGAACUUAAAAACUGGGAAUAUGUGCAGUCUCUGAUGAGACGUCUUGGCCAGGAGAGUCUGAUUCGGCGCAUCAAGGAGUUUGACGUGGUCAACAUGUCUGUUCCAAGCGCUAAACGAGCAGACGGCUUGUUGAACAAGUACGAACUGUUUGACGUCAGAGAGAGCAGCGCAGGGGCGGGAACGUUUUAUGUCUGGAGUAACAAUAUCAUCAAGGAACAGAGAGAAAACAACUAACUUUGUCAACUUGUAAAAUAUAAAAUUAAUAUAUUUAUGUAUUCAGUGUUGAAACAAAAAAAUGAAAACACUUUAUAACAACCGUGUACAACGCAUGCGUACUUACUACGCCAGUUGCACAUGCUACAGCAAUCUAUCUGUGCUGAUGAACUUUACACAAAAAAUAUGUUUAAAUUCCACGAUUAGUUUCGGUUUAGAUACAAAGUUACACGUAUAUUCUCUAUGGUAUACCCGGUAAGUAGACGUUAAAUUGUUAAUUAGAAGGAGUAAGUUUGGACGUGGUUGAUCUCGCUACUCAAGUAACGUAUUUCAUACAUCUUCUGUGGAUUUGCCAUCAACUAUCAACUUCGUGGCGUGGAAUCGUUGUUUAUCUUUUCCGGGAGACAGCUUGGUUAAGUGUUUAACCGACACUCGCCGUGUCUCGUUGUUUUUGACCUGGAAUGUUUGAUCUCACAAUAUAAAGAACACUUUAUGGCACCCCGUGUGUUGCACAACCAGUUUUAUGUCUGGUUUCUAGACAACAUGCAGACUGACGCAGAUCGACACAAACUGACGCAGGUCGACGCAGACCAGCAGAUUGACACAGAUUGACGCAAGUGACGCAGAUCAACACAACCUUACUCAAGUUGACGCAGAUGAAAUGAAACGUUUAUCUGGCAGAUUCAUCGCAUAUCCGAUGCCGACGACUGCAACUGGAUUUUCAUAAAUGUGUUCUUUGGUCUUCAUCAGUCUCCAUCAGUCUGCGUCACUCGUUGACCUGCACUAUAUUGCAUGGCAACCAGGAUUUAUCCACUUGCUAAAUAUUUUAAUUUUUUAAAAUCGUAUCUUAUCUUAUCUUAUCUUAUCUCAUUUUAUCUCAUCUUAACUAAACAAAUUUUUAUUUAAUUAUUAUUUUUUAAAGUUUAUUUAUCCGUUAUUUAUUUAUUUAUUUGUUUAUUUAUUUAUUAUUCUAAAUUAAUAAAAUAGAGCAUCAGGAAAUUUAACGUUUCGAGGCUGGAUUGGAAGGAAGAACGUCUGACCAUAUAUAUACCUCAAAAGAAAAUCAUUAUCACAAACUUACACCUGUGUUUAUAUUAUAGAUACACUGUAUAUAUAAAAACUGAUAUUAUAUAUACAAUAUACAUGUAGAUACAAACGAGCUACGGGUCAUCAUCAAGUCUAUACGUCCCGACUGAAAUAAUGCUCUUUUGCGAAUUUUAGCGACAACAAAUAUUUUUCACUGUAAGCGAUACUAAUAACUCUUUAUUACUUUGUGGUUAUUACCUCGAUCUGGCAUAUUGUACGUUUCUUAAAAUUAUAUGUGUUAUACUUAGAAAGAGUGCUUGUUCAAACCACAUGAUACUAAGUGAGCAUCAGGCACGGAUUUGGAGGGGUAGGUGGGUUAGGGUCUAUGUUUGCUGUCGAUCGAUCAGCGUUGGUGGACUGGCGUCCUGUUCCACCUCGUACCCCACAAAGAGUACAUCAAUGGCCGAAAUAAUUACAUUCUCUAUAGGUCUAUCAAUACGUAUGCCAAAUGAUGAUGAUGUUUUAUAUAUCAUCGGAAAUAAUCAUUAUUUUGAAUCCACUGAGAUGAUGUGCAUCAUCGUAAGUGGUUAUUGGAUAUUAAAACAACAUAUUCGAUGUGCAAUUUCAUUGAUUACAAGCCGUUAAAACCACCCAACAAUGUAACAUAUUGGAAAUUUUAUGGCUCUCUCUCUCUCUCUCUCUCUCUCUCUCUCUCUCUCUCUCUCUCUAUUUAUAUACACAUACAUACACCAUACAUAC